UUCCUUUAACUUUAAUGUAGAUUUUUAAUUUAAUUGUUAUUGUGAUCUUUUUGUAACAAUUAAAUUGUUAUUCAUUCCUUAAGUUUAUUUAAAUGUAAUAUUUUACUUAUCGUUACUAUCUACUGUUAAUCAGUAUUGUCCUUUAAACCCAAGGUCAACAAUUAUCAUCAUUCAUCGUCACCAAUCUAAUCGGUAUUAGAAAUCAUCUCAUUUCUAUUAUGUUAAUCACUUUUUGUUUUUUGAUUGUUUGUUAAUUAAUCCAAUUUCAUGUUAAUUUCUCUCUCUCUCUCUUUUUUAUAAUUCAUUAUAUUUUCUAUUAUAAUUUACCUAUUUUUGUUCCUGUGUAUUUGUGAGAUUUUUUUUCUCCUCAAAUUCUGUUUCAAUUGUUCAUUUAAUUUUCUAUUCUCUUUUUGUUGUUGUACAUUUUUCUUUUUGUGGAAUAUUUUUUUUCUCUCUCUCUCUCUCUCUCUCUCUCUUUCUCUUUCUCUUUUCUUUUGGUUUGAGAUUUUCUUGUCUCUUUUUUUUUGUAAGGUCAACAAUUAAGUUAAUUUACUUCUUCUAAUGUAAUAGAGAAAAAGAGAAAGAAAAGAUUUAUUGUUUGUUGUUAGUCUUCUCUCCAUUUUCAAUCUCCUUCUUUCCUCUCUCUUUCUCUCUCCCUAUUUUCGUUUUGAUGAUUCUACGUUUCCUUGUCUUUCCUCUUCUUUUUCCUCUGUGAAAACCAAGAAAUUUUCAUCCAAACGGGAAAUGGAACCAACAAGUCCAUCAUCCUCUUCGUCUUCAAUAUAUGCUUCUCAUCACCAACAACAACAACAGCAACACCAAUCAUCUUACUAUCAACCAUUUUCUCAUUAUGGUUAUCCUCAUCAGCAAUUUUCUCAUCAACCACAGUAUUCACAUCAUCAUCAUUCCUAUUCAUCUAUUCCAUCUUCAUCCCAAUUACCAAAUUCAACAAAUAUUCCAACAACAAUCGGUGAUUCUCCAGUUCGUAUUGGUGAUACAAUUGCUCUAUUUGUUGCUCAAGGUAAAGUUCAAGGUUUCCUGACAACCCUUGAUUCAGUUGAUGAAAGAGCAGCGGUCACUUGUGAUGGUAAUUUAACUGAGACACCAUCCAAAAUGAGAGAUUACCUUUAUCGUAUCUGUAUUGCUGGUAAACAUGAAGCUCAACAAGAUUUUCAAGAAGCUCGUCUACGUGAUCCAAGUAACGAAUCAAGGUUGGCAACAUUGAAAGUUUAUGCAACCGAUGAGAAGAGAGCCAAUGAAGAGGAGAAUCGUUCACGUCGUGGUGAAAUACUACAUUAUGGUGAUGUUAUCCAGUUAUUAAAUUUAAAAAAUAAUAAAUAUGUUACCGCUUUCACCAAGAUACCUGCUCAAUUGGAUCCAUCAGCAUGGAGAGUUUCACUUGACCGUGAUGGUAAUGAUAAUUCACAUUUCCGGGUUACCGAUUGUCUCAAAUUUCGUGGAAAUGGUGAACAAGUUACCUAUGGAGAUGAGAUUUUUCUUGUCUCAGUGACCGCUGCUCAACGUUUACAUGCCUCUAAUCGGGAGCAUUCAGAUCACAAAGGAUGCUUUGAGGUGAACAUUUCAAAUGCCUUUACCAGUUGGAAGAUACUUCUUUACCUUGAUUACCGUGAAAAUCUUGAAGGUUAUCUCAAAGCUGGUGAUGUUUUCCGUCUCUUUCAUUCUGAAUCUGCUCGAUAUUUGACUUUGGACGAUUUAGAGGAAACCGUUAACGAUGGUGGUUGUAAAAAAAAGGUUGUGUCACAAAAAGUGUUCCUUAGGUAUACCGCUCGAACCGAAGCAACGUCAGCAACUAGUUCUAAAGCUCUUUGGGAGGUUGAAAUACGUCAAGGUGAAGUGCCUCGAGGCGGUUUAGCCCAUUGGGAUUCAACUAUACGAUUUAAACAUUUAUCAACAGGUAAAUAUCUUGGUUUGGCUCCUGACCCAUUAGCUGAACCAGGAUCAAGCCAAUGGUAUCUUGUACCAUCGUCAACAUAUGAUGAUAAAAUUGAAUUUCGUCUACAUCCAACUCGUGAGGUGAACAUUGGUGAUUGUGUUCCCCAUAAAUCAUUUGUUCGUAUUCUUAAUCAGUCAACACGUUCAUGGUUACAUCAUACUAAUGAUUUUUUCGAUGCAAAUCAGAAAAAGGAUAAAGAUCAAGCAAUUCUUUACAUGUCCAAAGUGAUCGCUGUUCAAAAAAAUGGAAACAAAGAGGUUUUCCAAAUAAUUCCAGUCUCUUUCUCUGAAGUUCGUGAUCUUGAUUUUGUUAACGAUGCUCAUCGUUUCCUUAAAACUGCCGUUGAAAAAUUGAAAGAUCAUUCAUUAUCGGCACCAGAAAGGAAAGUUCUUAAAUCAUUACUAUUUGAUUUAAUGUUUUUCAUUAUCAAUCAACCUAAAGAUGAAUCAAAACCACAACCACCAAGUACCUCAUCGGUUAUCCCUGAUCGAGAUAGACAAAAAUUGGUACGAGAACAGAAACUUUUACAGAUAAUCUUUGAACUUUUGGCUGCACCAUUUAUCCGAAAUGAUUCAAUUCCAGAUGAUCCAGAAUAUAAUCGUUAUCUGGUUGAAAUACUUCGUUAUGCUUAUCGUAUACUUCAAUUAUCUCAGAAAGAGUAUCGAAAAAAUCAGUUGGAAAUAAGUAAAAGGUUCAGUUUUAUCAUUGGUCAAGUUGAACAUAAACAAACCGAGGAAUCAGCUUUGGAAACCAUAACAGUAUUAAUUCAGGGUAACACACAAUUUAUGGAGGGAUUUGUGGGUGAAAAUGAGAUUAAAUUGUUUAUCUCACUUUUAAAAACACCAAAGGAAACCAAAAAAGAAUCCAAAUCAAAUAUAUUAGAUUUAUUGAAAAAUCUUUGUGUCUGUGAUGGUGAAUCAGUUAAAACUCAGGAAAGUUUCUGUAAAUGUUUACUCUUUGAGAAUCCGGAUGCAUUAAUACACACCAAGAUGGAAGAUGGUGAAGUUUACCUUUACCCUGACUCAUUAAGACCCGGAAAUAAGAUUUCAUUGAAACAAUUAGUUUCCGAUGCAAAAAGAUCACAUAACAAGGAUUCAAGUGCCGAGCAAAUGUUAAAAUAUUAUUGUAAUCAAUUGGAUUUAUUUUGUGCAAUGUGUUUCAAAAGGCAAUACGAUGCAAUUGGUUACCUUAAAGACACCGAAAAGUUAACAAUUGAAUUAAUUCAUCAGUGUAUGGUUGAUGAAGAUUUACCAAUUGAGCUUCGAGCGGUUUUUUGUCGUCUUAUGCUUCACCUUCACGUUGACUGUAAGCCCAAUGUAAUGAUUCAACCUAUUGAAUAUGCACGAGUUUGGGCUGAUAUACCGACACCGGCAGAGUUUGAUGAAUACGAUAUUGUUGAGGCUAAAUUGAAGGUUGGUGCUGAUGGAGCAAGAAAAGACGUUCAAAACGCUUUAUCUAGUACAAUUUCAUUCGUUGAGGAUUAUUUAACUAUGGUUGGUCAAGGGGAUAAAGAUUAUAUCAACAAUUUAACUCUUGAAGUGAUGAAAUUGGUUCGUAAUUUAAUGUUGUUUGGUUUUUUCAAUUUCAAAAAGUUAAUCAAAUUGAAUAAAACGAUAUUGGACAUUUUAAAAAAAUCGGAAAAACUUGACGAACCAGAUAGACCAGAUCGAGCGAGAAUGCAAGAUGUCGUUGUAACCAAAUUAAAGGAGCAUAAACAAGCUCAAAGCAUUUCGAAACCACCAUUAAGUCAAUUCGGUGUUGGACCGGCCAUGGAUAUCCGUUUAAAUAUAAUUGAGAUAUUAAAUUUCAUCUAUGAUAUAAGAUUAGAUUAUCGGAUAACCAAUAUUUUGGUUCAUUUUAAGGAUCAAAGUCACAGUUUAUGUUCACCGUCUAAAAUAUCAUCGGAAGAUGUUGAGGCCAUUUUUGAGGAUUCAAAGACCAACCUUGAUGGUUCAAUGGGCUUUAUAUCGGUUAAAAUAUUAUUAAGUUUUAUUAUUAACUCGAAAGCCUAUUCAUUAGUUUCUGGAGCUAUGAAAUUGUUAAUACGUGAAUUUAAACAACGCAAAGAGUUUCUUAAUGCUCUUCGACAGGUACAAUUGUUAAUCAAAAAGGAAGACGUUCAAAUCUAUGAGUAUUUUAGGAAAGCCUUGGAAGUAUUGAAAGAGUAUGUUGAAGAAUCGGAAACUUGGGUUUACACUAAAUCAAAAAGAGACGACGAAGAUAAGAUAAAAUGUGGCCUUCGAGAUGAAGAUCGCGAUUUACCCUCACCACCUCCAGGAAUACCUAAUUAUCCUCUAUUGAUUGAUUCAGAUAAAUCGAAUGCUCUUUUAUUGAUUGACAUUAAAGAGGAACAAAUUAAACGGUACAAUCGAGUUGACAGUAUAUUACAAACACUGUCCUACUGUUGUCGUGAUAAAUCAACCAACAAGGCGAAAAAAUUGGAGCAAAGUCUAUUACAAUCAAGAGGAUUGGUUAAAAUUCUAGUCGAUCUGUUGUCAAUUAAUUAUGAUGAGAAUGAUCCUUACAUAAAGAAAAUCUUUGAACGAACUCACGAAUUGCUCCAAGAUUUUUGCUACAAUAAUCCAACUAAUCAAGAAGAGCUCUAUGAACACUAUGAAAGAUUUCUUAAACCUGAGAAACUUGAGAUGGAAACGCUGAUGAGUAUUUUUGUCAACAACGAAAAACUUUGCAAUGAAAUUAACGAAGAAGCAAUUAGAAAGUGUGUUAACUUUAUCAUCUCUCAGGGUAAAAAAACCUACUUCCUGGAUUUCCUGUUGACAAUCGUUAAAUCAGAGGGUAAAGCGCUGCCCAAUGUCCAGGCCAAAAUAUUGAAUGAACUUAAAUUUCACAAAGAGGAUAUUUUUGAUUGGGAUGGUGGUGAAAAGAUUCGUGAACUAAUGAGAUCCAUGAUCUGUAGUCGUUACAAUAGAGGUGAACUAUGGUUCCAUAUAAAAUUGAUUGACCUGUUAGCCGCUUGUACCGAGGGUAAAAACAAAAACAAUGAAAAAGAUUGUGCUGGACUUUGUCCAUUUGAUUAUAUUGCUCACAUUAUCGAGUAUAACAAUUGUCAUCCUCGGGUCAAGGAAGCUUAUUGUAGACUACUGACCAAUUCUCAUAUUGAAACUGAAAUUCACCAGGAAGAGUUAAGCAGAUCAUCAAAAAUGACCAAACUAAUUGAAAGUCUCUUCGGUGAUAUCAACGAAACCCUAAUGAAAACAUCACAGACAAAACUACAACUUGACCACGACUGGACAUCAUAUCUUUCUCGAGGAUUUCUUUACAUGUUACGAGCUUUCAUCACCUCAUCAACCUCUACAAGCCAAACAACUUUAGAUAAAAUAAUCAAAAACCUUCACAAUUUGAUUAAUCAACGAUUUAAUGUGACUGAAAACCUAGAAGCUAAAUUAAAAAAAGAUAUGCGUGAAUUAAUUGAAAUAUCAACUAAAUUAGUCUCUGGUGAUAAAUUGGUUAUACCUAUUGUAAAAUAUGCUCAUACCUGGCGUGAGAAGAAAUUAGCUCGUAAUGAAACCUCUCGCUCCGAUCAAUCUGAUCAACCCAUUAAUCCUUUGACAAAAGAUCCACCUAAGGUUCAGAUAAGCUCAGCACCGAACGAUUCAAAUAAUCAAUUAUUAACAAUUACCAACAAAACUACCACAACUCUAACCACAACUUCAACCACCAACACUAUCAACACCACCGUCACCACCACCACAACAACAAAUCAACUUAGUAACGGUGAUAAUAAUAAAGGAGCACCUACACCACCACUUCGUAAAAGGCCACCUCGUCUUUAUUUAAAUGGAACCGAAUCAUCUUCAUCUUCCCUAUCAUCAUUAUCAUCCACUUCAACAAUAAUCACAACUCUAUCCAAUCAACAACAACAACAACAACAACAAGAAUCACAAAAUGAUCAACCAUUAAUAGAUCUAAUGGAUUCAUCAUCCUCUUUACCUGGUCUACUUUUAUCAUCUUCCCUUCAAGAUGAUAUUGUCCAAUCAAAUUGGAAAAAUUUAAUUGACGAACAACGAACCGAAUUAGAACCAAAAAUUAAAGCCGAAUUGUCAGUUCUGAUUGAUGUUUUCUAUCAGCCCGCUGCCCUGUUUCCCAUUAAUACUCAGAUGCAUAAAAAUCUAUUAAGGGGAUUUUUCAUUCAACAUCUAAUCCAACAUAUCUUAGCUCUUGUCAUGUAUGGAACCAAAGAACAGAUUAAAACCGAUGAGAAAGUAAUCAUUCAAACCUUACAAAUAUUAACUGAACUUGUUAUCGAUGAUAAAACCAAUCAGGAGCUUCCUGAGCCUACUGAAUACGAGCUCAGCCUUGAAGUCAAGGCUGAAAAUUUGCGAUUCCAUCUGAAGGAGCGUUACUUUGGCCCAGCAAAUAGUAACAAUAAUUGUAAUGGAAACUGUGAUUCCAGUGCCAAUGGAAAUGUUAAUAGCACUUAUUCAGAUCGACAGUCAUCAUCAUCAUCAUCUUCAUCAUCACCUUAUCCAACCAUGGACUCGGCAUCAUAUGUACUUUCUGCUCAACCCUUUAGUUACCUUCCAAGAAGCUGUAAAGAUUUACGAUGUAUUCAAAAUGAGCUGAAUGAACUGAAUGCACCUCAAAUUGUGGUUGAAAUUAUCAUGAAAAAUCCAAGUGAAGAUAUAUUUGCUUACUCAAUUAAAUUUGGUAAAGCUUUACUCAAUGAUGGAAAUGAAAACAUUCAGAAAAGUUUUUACAAUGAAAUCUCAAAAGGAUCGGAUAAGUUUAUUAAAAAUUUUUACGAUCGCAUGGUAUUGGCCCAGAAAGCAUAUAAAACGGGCUUUAAAAGUCCGUUUCAUGUUAAAAGUCCAAGUACACCAGGUAAACCAUCAAUUUCUGAUCGAGAUGCUUCACCAGGAAGUGAAUUUCCACCCUCUCUUCCUGUUCCGGUUCCUCCAUCUCCUCAUCCUUCACCACCUCCACCUCCGAUCAUUGUUCCAACAUUGACUCCCUCACCUAAACCUGGAAGUGGAUUAAGUUAUAACUUUAAUUCAGCCAAAAUUGAAGAGGAUAAGGAAAACCAUUUAAACUCUGCAAUUACUGCCACCGAAUUGGGAUACAAAUCAUUGGGUAACAAAACCGUUGGUAGUUUUGUCGAACCAAAUUAUCCGGAAGAAGUUGAUUUCCUUAAUUUAAGAGCUGAAUCACAUGGAACCGGAAGUAUAACACCCAAUACACUUGCCGCCAUGAUAAGUCAUUCACUGGCCUCACCCAAGAAACCUAAACUUCCACCUGAAGUAACCAUCAUGGAAGAGAUUCUUGAAUUUUUGAGACUUUUAUGUGAGAAUCAUUAUCGAGAAAUGCAAGAUUUACUUCGCAAUGAUAAACGAAAAGAUCAAAAUUUAGUCGCUGAAACAUUUAAAUUCUUGAUCAAACUUUGUGGCUCACAUAAGACUAAAACAAUCGAUGGUAAUUAUCUUAACGAGGAAAAUGUUGGCCUUUUCAACCAAACCGUUAAAACGCUGAUUGAAUAUUGUCAAGGUCCAUGUCAUGAGAAUCAAAAUUGUAUCGCUAAAUGUGAAAGCAAUGGAAUUGAAUUUAUCAUUACAUUGAUUAAAAAUCGAGCAGAAUUGGACUCUAAGUACAUGGAAGAUGUUAGAUCGCUCAAGAUUAACGCUUCCAAACUGUUACUGGCCAUUAUUGAAUCACGAUCGGAUAUUGAUUUCGCCGAAAUAGUUACCAAAAUUGUGGACGCCAACCUUAUCCAUCAUUCCUGUGAGAUUUAUCAAAAGUAUAAGAAAUUCAUGGAAACGGAAGCUCAUCGAGGUAACCCUUCAGCUCUUAAAGAUGGCGAGGAAUCAGAAGAGGUGAAAGAGAUUGAAGUUGGUCAUAAUAUUUACAUUCUAUGUCACCAGUGUCAACGAUAUUCAGUCCAAUUGAACGAGCAAAUCAACCGAGAGCAAAAACAAGAGGACUGUCGUGAUGCGAUCGCUUUCUUUCAGAAAAAAACUGCCCAAGUUGAGGUUGUCCGACGUGAUAGUCCCGAACAGCGAGUUGAGUUUAUCGUAUUCGCGGUACCCGAACAAUGCCAUUUCCUCACGGAAGAGACAAAGAAAAAAGUUCUCCACCGAACUGAACUUGAUGAGAAAGCUCGUUCCAAAGUUCCUGAUUUUUUCCGUCAAGUUGACAUUCUCCAGGCCGAGAUGGAAUGGCAACGUGACCUUCAGUCAAAGAAACGGCUUUCGCACGCAAUUAGCCGUUACAUGUCCAAAUGGGGCUCUCUUUCUUUCCAAUUAGCGGUUCUAUUGAAUCUGAUUGUGAUCUCUUACUAUCCGUUUGGUGAGACUCCCGUUGGACUUGAACAUCGGUCAUACUUGGCCUGCCUAGUCAUUGGUCUUUGGUUAUAUCUGUUUGGAACUCAUAAAAGGUCACUUGAUCUAGUUUUUGACGGCGCCUUCCGUUUAACCGUUGUUCUCACAACGUGGCUUCUAGUUCAUACCAUUGGUCCACAAGCGGUCAUUUAUAUCUGUGGUAUAUUGGAUAUUAUAAUUACUAUUGUCUAUCUUUUUAGUUUCUUUAUCAAUCGUGGGUAUCGACGGGGCUGGUUAAACAAUCUAAUGGACUAUGAAUUGAUCUAUCACUGCGUUUAUCUGACCUUUUGUACCUUGGGACUGUUUCAUCCGCUUUUUUAUUCUGCCCUUUUGCUUCACGUUAUUUAUCAAGAGGAGACUCUAAGAAAUGUUAUACGAUCGGUUACACGAAACUCAAAGUCUUUACUUUUGACCUGUUUAUUGGCGUUAAUCUUGAUACACAUUGCGGCCACUUUUGGUUAUCUUUACUUCAAUUUUGACUUUCGACGGGAAUAUGUACCACAAGAUAAUGAAGAGGAAAGUCAAGCAACCGAAUACUCUUGUAAAACUUUAUUCCAAUGUUUGAUUACCACCAUAAACUAUGGCCUUCGAUCGGGUGGAGGUAUUGGCGAUGUCCUUCGACCUGCAUCCUCGCAAGAAAGUCUCUACUAUGGUCGUGUUAUUUAUGAACUUUUCUUCUAUUUUUUCAUCAAUGUUAUCAUUCUCAACUUAUUCUUUGGUAUCAUCAUUGACACUUUUGCCGAUCUCCGUCAAGAGAAGCAAAAGAAAGAGGAUAUCCUUAGAAAUACUUGUUUCAUUUGUGGCCUGCCACGAGCUGAUUUCGAUAAUCGUGCCGGUGUUUCCUUUGAGAAGCACAUUGCCCGUGAACAUCAUAUGUGGCAUUAUCUUUACUUCAUGAUACUCUUACGAACUAAACCUAAGACUGAAUUUACUGGACCCGAAACUUACGUGUUCAAAUUAAUGGAGAAAAAUGAUUGGACUUGGUUUCCCAUUCGAAAGGCCAUGUCGUUGGAAGGUACCGAUCCCGAAAUUCAAUUGGAAUACAUUAGAGCUCCGGAACGAUUUGCUUAUCCCCGUGAAUUGGAGGCUCAAUGUUUAUCCGGACAUCCAAGAGAUUCAUUAUCCCUUCUUACUCCAUGUUAAUUGAAACUCACGCAAAAUCAACUUUAUCCCCAAUAAACGAGAGCAAUUAGUUAAUUAUCAACACUCACAUAAGGAAACGAGAAGAAAAGACGAAACCAAAAUUCAUAUUUAAACAAAAAUAUCAUUCCAAUAGCUGAACACAUGACAUAUGACAUGACAACUACACAUCAAUUGAAUGGACACAAUUUAAAUUAAUCUCAAUUAAAUUGGCUUGAAACAAUUACAACCCAAUCAUUAAGAUCAACAAUUAAGGAGCACAAUUAAUGAACAUUGUUAUAAUUUCAACCCAAAACAAAAAGCUCAACUCAAAAGCUUAUCAUUUAUUUUGCACAAAAAAAACGUUAAUAUAAUUAAUUUAAUCAUCCCGUGCCGAUCAACACCUGAUGAAAUUGUUGGCCUGUAAUCAAAAAUGAUCAACAAAUCAUAAUUUUUUGUGUUAAUUGUUACACAAUAUUUAGUUUAUCAGCACAAUUAACCUUAACCUUGUUGAUGAAAAUGAAAUGCUAUUUGUUAACAUUAUAUUAUUACAUAAGUAACAAUAUGUACAAAAGAAAGUAAAUGUUAACAAUCAAAAAUCAGAUACAAUUAUAGUUAGUUAAUCAAAAUUUUACAAUUUAGAGUGCAAUUAAUUAGCAUUUUAUUUAAUCAUCAAACAAAAGGUUUAAUUAGUUUAAUUGUCUUUCAAAAAUUUACCGAAAUGUUCAAGCAUAAGAAACAACAAAAAAAAAACAAAUCAAAUUAUCUCGUUAUCAUAAUAUUACAAUCAAUUGAUUUUAAUCAAUUAAAUUAAAUCAUUUCCAAUGUUAAUGGUCACAAUUACAGAGACUUUAAAUGAACGCAAUCAACUUAUGAUAAUUAAAGUCUUUCUGUUAAUCAAAUCUAAAUAAAAUAUAAUAUUGAAAUUAUCACAACAAUUUAAUGUAUUGUGACAAUUAAGUGAUGGCAAAACAAAACAAAAACAAUAAAUUAAAAUUAAAAUUAACUGUUAAAACAAUUAAAUUAACAA